GUUUUUUUUUGCAGCUAGCAUGUCCUACAGGUCCUUGCUGUAGGUUACAUUUGCGAUAGUACAAGACCGGAUGAUUUGGCCCAAAUUGUUGAGGAAAUAUAGUAACCUGCGCCGUUAUUCUACGGAGAGACAGACGAGACGUAGUUUUUCAGUUGUUUUAUGGAUUUCUGCAGUGUUACAAACGGCUAACGUUAGCUGAGGCCUAGCAGCUAAGCUAUCGUGACAUAACACCGUGGUUUGCUGUCAAACUUCUCAGAUGACAAACCCUCUCCACUGGUAAGUGUCCACUGGAAAAACAAACCCCAUCAUCAUCAUCACAAUGACAGCUCAGGAAGGAGAGGGAUGGGGAGGCAUUAACCUGUCGCCUCACCUGCACACAGAUGAGUGUAAUGAACUGAUAAGUCAGCUGAGGCAAUGCCACACAGAGCACAAUGUCAUGAAGUUCUUUGGCACGUGUAACGAUGUGGACCGCGCUAUGCGUCAGUGCUUGAAGAAGGAGAGACUGGAAAAACGGGAGCGCAGCAAGCAGCAUGCACAAGAGAUGAAAAGGAGGCUGAAAGAAGGGCCCAAAGAACAGCUCUGAAGGACUUUUUAUUGCAAUUCUGCCACUUGUACUGCAAGUUAAAACUAUUCAGAUAAUGGGACAUUGACUAAAGCAAGACACUGCUCUUUUUAUGUCGAAACGGGAGAAGGGUUUAUAACUUCUGUCGCUUUAAAUUCAGAGGAGUGUGGAUUAUAUUGGCACUGAUAAAUCUAAGUGUCUGCUGUUAUUACUUAAGUAAUAUAUAAUGUUGAUAUUAGUAGAGAGAAACAUGAAUAAGGUUUUUGAAAUGAUGGGAUCAUAUACCACUACUGUAUUAAUACUCCUGCAUUUACUGUGACGUGAACCCUCCUAACACUUCUGACUUUUUUUUAUCAUCAGCACAGACUGAAACGUGCAGUGUUUCCAGAACAUUUUAGGUCAACAUAAAAACAAAAGCAUUUAGUGCUUUGGAUUAAAGAUUGCUGUUGGGGAUCGUCAUUUAUUUCCCAUUCUGUUAGCAGGACAGCUACAGCUCCAUCAAAGAGAUUAGUGUAGCUGCUGGCACAACGCGUUCCUCAAACCAUUAUUUAAGUUGGCAGGACACCUCAGGAAUAUUCUCCUGCCUGUUUUAUUCAUGAAAACAGGGAAAGUGGAUUUCAUGGUAUCAGAGAUGUGUGUAAAAAGACACAAAACAAGAGAGGCAGUGGCUGGGUUUUCCUCUCGAUGUGAACAUGCACCCAUGAACACACAUAUUGAACACACUCGUAUGAAAGUUUAUUUGUAUGGGGAAUCAUAUUGAUUCAUUGCAAGUUUGAUUGCUUUCAAAUAAAGUGAAUGUAACGUUAAUAUAAGAAUUCAUGCUUUCAUAUUGCUUGUCAUUGUAAAAGUAUUGAUCGACAUCUGCUGGUCUUGAAAAGUCCUGAAAGAUUUUACAUUUAUUUCCACAAAAAGGGCUUAGUCGAUAGCAAGCUGUGGGCAGCAAUAAUGUUAUAAAAUGUUUUUGUAUCCAUUCGCAGGUUGUCAGGAGCAGUUAAAAACCUAUGAACUCGCUAUGGAUUGUUACAACAGUGAAUUGUUCAUGUAGUAUAGAGUCCCCUGGGAAUGAGUCCUAAAUCCUGGAAAACAGUUAUAAUUGCAGCACUCCUGGUUCCCUUGCCUGAAAGCCAGUGGGUUUUCUGAAUGGGUUUGUGGUUAGAUGCCUGAAAUGAGGUCUAUUGUUAACACAGGCUUAAGAGACUUUCACGUUUUGUUCCACAACAUAAAAUAUGUCUGUAAUUAUCA